UGUGCUGCGACCUAGCGGCGCUCUCUGUCAUUGCGUGCUGUGUGUCCGUGUAUCACUGCCAGCCGAGGGCCCCGCUCUGUGCCCGUUUCCCGCUUGCAGGAAAUAAAGUGGAAUAUGUCUUACAGAACUGGCCGUUAUGAAGAGCGUUUGUUGUACAAAUGUGAGAUCUGUAACGUCAAGUGUAGUUCUGCUUUGGAUCUAAAUUAUCAUUUCAAUGGAAAAAAGCAUAAGGAAAAUGAAUCUCAUACAAUGAUGGAUCUGGAAAGUACUUAUAAAAAAAGAAAGCGUUACGGUUCAGUAACCACUAAAACAGAAACUCCAUCUGGUUCAGAAAGCACUAAUAAAAAAUCGAAGCUGCCUGGUUCAACAAGCACUGCGAAAAAAGAAACCCCAUCUGUUUCAGGAAGCACAGAGUCUAAGGACACCUCAUGUGUUUCAGCAAGCAUUAAGGCAAAGGAACAGGCUGCUCUUUCUGAUAACGAGUUAGAGCGCCUUCUGAAUAGGGUCCGUGAAGUGGCUCAGAAAGAUGGAGGUGCCUGGCUGACUGAGAUCUUAGAUGGUGCCAAAACUAGUCAAAAGGGACCUGAUACGUGUGACACUACUAUGAAGGACCAAGAAGUGAUGAUUGCGAAGGACUGUUCAAGUUUGGAGUCAAUUUCUGAACCAAGUCAAGGCCAAAUAACAUUGGACCAGCAAGCUCAUUCUCCGACUCUGGCUACCAAGAGAAAGCAUUCUCGAUGCCGAGGCACAGAUGCUAAACGCAUUGCUUUAGCUAAAACAGAGUCAUUGGCUGGUACUUCUCACGAGGGGGAAAUUGAACAAGCUGCUGGCUCAUUAAGUGCCAUCCUGGAGAGUGCUGAGGAUGCCACAUCAUCCGUAAAAGAUGGUCUCCAGUGUGUAAGUCCAAGUGCCACUUCACUAGCACUAAUUGAGUGUUCUGAUGUGUCUACAGUUACAUCCACAGAAUGUGAUCUGGAAGAGCAUGUCCGUGUUUUCCCCUUCAAUGAAGAUGACUCUGCACAUCAUGCUGCAGAAGUAACACAGAAGACUGAACUAGUACAGGGUGUAUCUGGAACCGGAUCUCCCACUUUGAAAGAAACCUCUUCCUUAGAGGAGAAACCACUGGUUCAGGUGCCACGCAAGGGGGGAAGUUUAAACUGUCCUCCGGUUUCUGUGUAUAUUGUUGGGGACUCCAUUGUAUGUGAUGCACAGAUACAUGCUAAGAAGCAGUCAUGUGGAACAAAUUUAGGGUUUUAUCCAGAGGUUGCUAAUGUUCAUUGGCAGGGCACAAGAAAUCUCUUGGGAACUGACAUAUUGACUGAAUGUGUGAAGAUUCGUAAGGUAGUUGGUCCAGUUGUCCUCUUGGUUCAUGCAGGGGGUAAUGAUCUGGGUAAUAUAAGUGCAGUGAAAAUAAUUUCCUUCUUGAAGAAUGCUCUGUCUGAAUGUUUGUCUUUGCACCCUAACUUAGUUUUAGUUUGGUCUGAAAUAAUUCCCAUUCAGAAAUGGCCUGCUAGCCGGUGUAAUAAAGCAAUGGAGAGGUGUCGGAGACAGGUUAAUAUGAGUGUGUCGAGGCAUGUAACUACAGUUGGUGGGCUUGUUCUACAGCAUCGAGAUUUAGAAUGUAAGAGUGCUGCUUUUCUCCAAAAAGAUGGUAUUCACCUGAAUGUAUGUGGGCUUGACAUCUUGAACGUAGGUUUCCAGACAAUUAUUGAAAAGGCAAUCACAUUAUUGAUGGAGAGAUUGAAGUAAUAUAGCAGGGUGCUGUAAUAGCAAAGUGUUUUUAAUUUUUUUGUCUGUAUCACACAAACUUAUGCUUUUCUUAAACACCGGUUAAGAGGUUGGUGUGUUGCUGGCAUCCAUGACUGUUGGUAUGGAACAAAUUCUAAUUGCUAAGGUGGUUUUAGUGCCUACAAGGCUUAGGGCUUGUAGUUGGCAAUUAAAGUUUGGUUAUAUUUUUGUGACAGAAGAAGAAUAUGUAUACAAAACUGUCACCUAU